AUGGCUGAGCAGAACCUGAGGAUAAAAGGGCUUCUGCCAAUCUUGGAUUGGCUCCCUAAAUACCCAGUCGAGCAAUGGUUACCCAGUGAUGUUGUUUCUGGGGUCACCACAGCCGUCAUUAUUUGAAUUUGUUUUACAUGUGUGGCAUAUGCAUUCUCUGUAGCACAUGUCUAUGAAUUUCCAUUUCUCACGUACUUUGUGUUGGGCACAUCUGGACACAUCUUUGUGGAUCCAUUCCCUGUCACCUGUCUGAUGGUGGGCUCUGAAGUUUUGACCUUAGCUCCUGACGAGCACUUUUUGCAUUCAGUUAACAUCACAGGUGUGAAUGAGACAGUGACAGAUGAAAGGUUAAUGGAGAUUGUUGUAGAGGCAAAGAGAAUUCUGGUGGCUUCUACCAUGACGGUGUUGGUUGGAUUAUUCCAGGUGACUAUGGGGCUGAUGAAGGUGGGCUUUCUAGUCAGGUAUCUCUCAAAGCCACUGGUAGGCAGCUUCAUCACUGCUGCUUCCCUUCAUGUCUUCAUAUCUCAGAUUAAAACCAUCCUGUCUGUUCCUAUACAAAACCAUAAUGGAUUCUUCUACUUCAUCUACACUCUCAUUGAUGUAGGUAGGAACAUCAAUCAAAUUAACAUCGCGGACUUGAUAGCUGGAUUACUAACAAUGUUCAUUGUUAUGGCUGUGAAAGAGAUCAACGCAAAAUUUCAGAAUAAAAUCCCAUUGAGGAUUCCCGACUGUGAAGGAAGUCAUAUUGGGCUUAGCGUCUACAUCGCAGGCUGUGAUGGUGAGCUUGUCAGGAGAACGAAGGCUCUGUCCUUCUUUGAUGAAGAGGUUAUCAGAGACAUUCUCUUCCUCUUAGUCCAUGACGCCAUUCUAUUCAUCCAGCUGGAAACCUCCACUGGAAAUGAAGAGGAUCCAUUAGCUGAGAAGAUUUCACAGUUGCAAGACAACAAAGAGAAGAUGAGGGCCUGA